AUGAAAUCAGUCCAGUUUUGUUUCCUUUUCUAUUGCUGGAAAGUAAUGUGCUGCAAUAGCUGUGAACUGACCAAUAUCACCAUCAAGGUGGAGAAAGAGGAGUGUCGCUUCUGCAUAAGCAUCAACACCACUUGGUGUGCAGGCUAUUGCUACACCCGGGAUCGGGUGUACAAGGACCCAGCCAGGCCCAACAUCCAGAAAGUAUGUACCUUCAAGCAGCUGGUGUAUGAGACAGUGAGAGUGCCUGGCUGCGCUCACCGCACAGACUCCCUGUAUACAUACCCAGUAGCCACGGAAUGUCACUGUGGCAAGUGUGACAGCGACAGCACUGACUGCACCGUGCGAGGCCUGGGGCCCAGCUACUGCUCCUUCAGUGAAAUGAAAGAGUAA